CCGCGGCGGCCUCCUAGCGACUCUCCGCGGGGCGGGGUCCGAGGCGCCCGCCAGCCCACCCGGCCCACUUGCCCCAGCCGCGCUUGGAGCCCUGAGUCCGCAGGUGCCCCCGGAGCGCCGCAGCCACACCAUGCUGGGCUUGAUCAAGAACUCGCUGUUCGGGAGCGUAGAGACGUGGCCUUGGCAGGUCCUGAGCAAAGGGGCUAAGGAAGACGUCUCCUAUGAGGAAAGGACCUGUGAGGGGGGGCGGUUUGCCACAGUGGAAGUGACAGACAAGCCUGUGGAUGAGGGUCUCCGGGAAGCAAUGCCCAAAGUCAUGAAGUAUGUGGGAGGCACCAAUGACAAGGGAAUCGGAAUGGGGAUGACAGUUCCUAUUUCCUUUGCUGUGUUUCCUGAUGAUGAUGGCUCCCUCCAGAAGAAAUUAAAAGUCUGGUUCCGGAUUCCAAACCAGUUUCAGAGCAACCCGCCAGUUCCCACCGAUGACAGCAUUAAGAUCGAGGAGAGGGAAAGCAUCACCGUCUAUUCCCUGCAGUUCGGUGGUUACGCGAAGGAGGCCGACUACAUAGCUCAUGCCACCCAGCUGCGUACAGCCUUGGAGGGCACGGCCACCUGCCGCAGUGAUGUCUACUUCUGCACUGGAUAUGACCCUCCCAUGAAGCCCUACGGACGUCGCAAUGAGGUCUGGCUGGUGAAAGCAUGAGGAACUCGCCGCCUUACAACUUCCCAGCCCUGUGCUUCUGGGUCCACUUCCCGAGGGGGGAAGGAGGGGGCACAGCUGCCAACUGUGUCUCCAGCUUCGCCGACGUCCCUUCAAAGCUGUGUACUGCCAGUUUUAUGAAAUACGCCUAUUCUGUCUAUGCUCUUUCUCUCCUGGUAGGAACUAAGACAGCCAAAAUAGGAAGCAACAUUUGAACUGACUUAGAAAGUUCUGUGGUAGAUCAGAAAAAAAAAUCCAGCAAUGUUUUCCCAGCUAUCUGGGUCACUCAAAACAGAUCACAAAAAAUUAUUGACCCUGUCCUUUUGUGGUGGAGGAGAAAAUGUGAUUUGUGCACCAUCUGUCAUUUCUGAUUCUUGCAAGACCUUUGUCUAAAAGAGGCCUGAAAAUAAAGAUCUUUGACUUAAA